CGCCGGUGGGACGGCACCGGAGCACGCGCGCGCUCCGUCCGCCGGCCCGUCCACGUCCGCUCCAGCCAAAACGUGCUCGGAGUGGACUCGCGGUCGACGAACGGAGACGGACCAGCCGCGCUAACUCCCUGACCUACCUACGUGGCCGACCUCAAGGAAGGAAGGCAGGCAAGCCGGGAGAGGUCCUACUCCGUGCAGUCCCCGUCGUGUCCGGAACGAGCGGGAGAGGGAGCGAGGCGGCGACGAGACGGCACACGCCUCGGCUCCGCUCUGCUCUGCUUCGGCUUCCCACUUCCCGCCGCUAGCCGCCGCGCCGCACGGAGCCACGCAGCACAGCGGGCUCAGACUUCUUGGGUGACAACGAGAUGAGUGGCACAGGUCAAUGCUCAUCCCAGCCACAAUUUAUGACUAGCGUUGGGGGGAGUAACCGCUCGAAUGGCCCUGGCACUCCUCUCAUUGAGAGCAUAGAUGUCGAUCAGAUUGUUAUUCCAGAGAAAAACAGUUGGAAGAACUUAUUCUCAUACAUAGGACCUGGAUUUCUUGUAUCAAUUGCUUAUAUUGAUCCUGGCAAUUUUGAGACGGAUCUACAGGCUGGAGCACAGUACAAAUAUGAGCUUCUUUGGAUCAUACUUGUUGCGUCCUGUGCUGCUCUUAUUAUUCAAUCGCUUGCAGCCAGGCUAGGGGUUGUGACAGGGAAACAUCUUGCCGAGCAUUGCAGGGCUGAAUAUCCCAAGGUCACAAAUUUCGUCUUAUGGAUUCUUGCUGAACUUGCAGUUGUUGCUUGUGACAUCCCUGAAGUAAUUGGAACUGCUUUUGCUCUGAACAUGCUGUUCAGGAUCCCUGUGUGGUGUGGUGUUCUAAUAACUGGACUCAGCACUCUAAUGCUCUUAUUACUACAACAAUACGGGGUCCGUAAGCUGGAAUUUCUUAUUGCAUUUCUGGUGUUCUUAAUAGCAACUUGUUUCUUAGUUGAACUUGGGUAUUCUAAACCAAACGCUUCAGAAGUUGUGAGGGGGCUUUUUGUUCCUGAACUUAAAGGAAAUGGAGCUACAGGUCUUGCUAUCUCAUUGCUUGGUGCUAUGGUGAUGCCGCAUAAUCUUUUUCUGCACUCGGCGUUAGUUCUAUCAAGAAAAGUGCCACGGUCCGUUCAUGGGAUUAAAGAGGCCUGUAGAUUCUAUACGAUUGAAAGUGCAUUUGCCCUUACAGUAGCUUUUCUCAUCAACAUAUCUAUCAUAUCUGUUAGUGGUGCUGUCUGCGGUUCAGGUAAUUUGAACCCUGAAGAUCAGGCGAACUGCAGUGAUCUAGAUCUUAACAAGGCUUCAUUUUUGUUAAAGAAUGUCCUUGGAACCUGGAGCUCAAAGUUGUUUGCAGUUGCCUUGUUGGCGUCUGGUCAGAGUUCUACAAUUACAGGAACUUAUGCUGGACAAUACGUCAUGCAGGGGUUUUUAGAUCUUCGGAUGACACCCUGGAUACGCAAUCUUCUAACCAGAUCCUUGGCUAUUCUGCCAAGUUUAAUCGUGUCAGUAAUUGGUGGUUCCUCAGCAGCUGGCCAGUUGAUUAUCAUUGCGUCGAUGAUACUGUCAUUUGAACUCCCUUUCGCUCUAGUACCUCUCCUUAAAUUCACAAGUAGCAAAACAAAGAUGGGGCAGCACACAAAUUCAGUUUUCACUUCUGUGCUAACAUGGAUAAUCGGUUCAUUUAUCGUCGUCAUCAACACCUACUUCCUGAUAACAAGCUUUGUCAAAUUGCUCCUCCACAGCGGGCUGUCCACCGUUUCCCAAGUAUUUUCUGGGAUUUUCGGUUUCCUGGGCAUGCUCAUAUACAUAGCAGCAAUCCUGUACCUCGUCUUCCGGAAGAACAGGAAGUCCACCCAGCCAUUGCUGGAAAGCGAUCCUGAGCUUUCCGUGGCUCAUGGCAGCACAGGCGCUGGAGCAGAAGGUUCUCUGGGCCAUUUGCCCCGGGAGGACAUCUCGAGCAUGCAGCUUCCUCAGCAGCGUGCAGCGACUGAUCUCGAUUAGAUAUAGCGGUCAGGAAAAUAAAUAUGUCUUUUUGAUGAUGAUAUAGUAGUACUAGGUGCAGUAUUUACACAUCAGUUACUGACGUAGAUCAUCAUAGUGAUGCUACAGUGGAUAAUAAUCUGGUUAAUGUAUACAAGAGCAUGGAUAUCAAUGCCACCGAAGUUACCAAACAGAAAAAAAAAGAGAGGGGGCUUUACCUGAACAUAUUUAUCCCAAUGAAUCUGUAAAGAAGGUAUCUGCAUUAUAGAAACUUUGCUUCAGACUGUAA